GAGGCCGGCCUCCACCCAGGACGCAGCUGCUGCUCACCUGAAGCGACGCAGCGCAGACAGACAGACAGACGCGCGGCCGACAGGUACUCACAGGAGCCGGAAGAACAAGGACUGGGUGGACUAGUCCUCAUGGUGUCCCCCCCCCUGAGAGUCCCUCCAGCUGCUUCUUCCAUUUCUUCACUGCGACACUUUCUGCUUUUAAACGCGCUUUUCUUUUAUAAUUAAUGAAAGCGAAUGGACGCUGUAGGAGGAACCAUGAGCGAGCAAGGGAGGAAGAAGCUGAUCCUGAUCGUGGUGGAUAUUCUGUGCGUGACUGUGGCCGCUCUGCCCUCGGCCAUCCUGACGCUGACGUUCAGCCCGUACCAGAGAGGAAUCUACUGCGAUGACGAGAGCAUCAGCCGUCCGUACCGCAGAGACACCAUUUCCCACGGGGCCAUGGCUGCAGUCACCAUCUCCUGCUCCAUCAUCAUCAUCACCACGGGAGAGGCGUACCUGGUGCACACCAAACGGCUCCACUCCAACUCCCAGUUCAACCAGUACCUGUCCGCUCUCUACAAGGUGGUGGGCACCUUUCUGUUCGGAGGAGCCGUCAGCCAAUCCCUGACCGACCUGGCCAAGUUCACCGUCGGCCGUCCCCGUCCAAACUUCCUGGCCGUGUGCGCCCCGGUCAGCUGUAACGGAUACAUGACGCACAUCAACUGCACGGGGAACCCCCGCAACGUGACUGAAUCCAGGUUAUCGUUCUACUCCGGCCACUCGUCCUUCGGGAUCUACUGCAUGCUCUUUCUGUCGCUCUAUCUCCAUGCCCGGAUGCAGGGGAAGUGGACGCGACUGGUUCGACCGACCAUCCAGUUCUUCCUGGUGGCGUUUGCUCUGUACGUGGGAUACACGCGUGUUUCGGACCACAAACAUCACUGGAGCGACGUGCUGGUGGGGCUGCUGCAGGGGGCGCUCAUCGCUGUGCUCACUGUUCAUUACGUCUCCGACUUCUUCAAGCAGCGACUUCCUCCCUGCACGCCGCCAGACACGACGGAGAUCGAACACCUGGAGCGGAAGCCGAGCCCGCAGCCUCGCGACUCGCAGAACCACAACAACUACUCUGGUCCUGUAUGAGCACGUGACUGAACUCUCACUGACCUGGGCCGACGUGCCCCAACAGCGGUCACCAAAAGUCGUGCGUUUUGAAAAAGAAAAUAACCACAACACACUGCAGUAACCACUAACUGGAUAUUCAGACCAGACCUUCUCCACUCCGGAACCUCCCAACACUUUCAGAUUUCUAUAACCUGUCGGAAUAGAAGCUCCAUCGCCUGCAUGUCUGUCAGUUUGGGUGUGUGAUCAGUCAAGACUGAUUUAUGGUGUUUUUGUGUAGAUGUGAAGCGUGUUUGGUUUGUAAGCGUGCAAUGAUCAUAUAUAUAUAUAUAUACAUAAAUGUUUUUAGGAUUUUUUUUACAGAAAAUAAAGUUUCAGGUUUGUUGGGUGAGAAUUUACGCCGUGAGUCUUGAUGAUAAAUGGAGCAAAGACUACAAGAUUUCAAAAGAAAUGCCAACAAAUCCAUUUUUUCUGAUGUGAAACCUUGGAGACUGAAUGUUUUCUACUUUGUUACUUUAUUUUACUUACACUGGAGCGAGUUUGUAUCCACCUGUCCCUCCCUCGUGUCUUUAUCUUUUAGAAGGUGUGCAUGUGAUAAUGAUGGACUGAUCCAGCCAUCACUUACACACACACACACACAGUGUACAGUGUAGUGCUGACAUGCUUUUAUUUGUGUGUAGAACUCGUCUAAUGAACUGUAGCUUUUAAGAAUGAUAUUAUUACCACUACUUUACAGAGGAGUCACCGUGAAACUUUGUUCUGGAUGUUUUUCUUCUUUUAAAGAAACAAAAUGUUAUUAAAUGAUUUGAAAACAACAACCGAGGACAAAUGGAGAAGUUACUGGAGCGUAUUCAUCCCAUAAACUCACUCUUUUGUCUGCUUUUACUUUCGGAUACAAACUAAAAACACCUUCACGGACCAUUCCUCUAUAUCACGUGUAACCUAUUGUGAACCUGCACAUAAUGUAAUCGUAUCUUUACUUCACCCUGAUGUUUUUUAUGUGUAGCUUCUCCAUAAACAUAAGCCAGAACAUCA